AUGACUAUUUUGCGGCGUGUGACAUCUGCCGGGCGCCGCCGAGAGCAGGCGUCAAAGGCAGUGCAAACGGAAAUGACAUAUCCACCUGAUUGUUCAAAUCUUGACAACUAUGUUGAGGCGUGCGCGGCUAGCCAGUUCCAAGACUUAUGUAGACUACGAAGUAUGAUUGAGGAUGCCCUGAAGGAAGUUGCGUGUUCCGUGUAUGACGUCAACUCUUUCAAAGAUGUCAUUUUUAAACUCGACGAUCAAUUAUCGUCGAAGCUACCCCUAACAGACCUACUACUACUAACAUCGAAACUCUUUCGGCGUACGGCGAACCUUGGUCGCUUUCUUGCUUGUUUCUUUGCCGUUAUAUUUGCAGAAGGGCACGCGGACGAACGGUUUCACUUCACUGAGUUGCGAUUGCUUCGGCGAGAGUUGCUCGAACUGAAGGGGAAGUACGCUAAAGUAGAGGAGGAGCGUGUUCGUCUACAACACAUGCUGGAUGAAGCCGGUGAGGUCGCCAUCAACCACAACAGGACAGUGGAGCUGCUUGAGGCACGAAAUGCUGUGCUAAAGUUGCACUCUUUGGGAUUGGAGGAUCAAAUGGCUUUGCUUUUUUCGCAGAUGAACAAAGACAUGCAGCGGUAUUGCAAAGAUGCCUACGAUAAGGUUUAUAGCGAGUUUGACCAAGAUCAGGCUAACAUGUCCAAAGAAGUUUUCCGGCAGUCUAUGGACACUCUCAGUGAUCAGCUUCGCCAUUCUCGGACGCUUAUCACCGAAGUUCGUGACCUUGUCAUGAAUUGUGCUCAGUCUCCCACUGGAGGGUCUCGCGCGGCCGAUCAAAAGAUAGCGAAGGAACCAAGCAUCCGUUUUAAACUCAAGCAGGUUGAGGGCAACUUUCAACAUAUUGUGGCCCGCUUCUCUGCCGUGAAGGACUUUGUCUCCGAGACAACUCACAACCUCAUGAGUGCAAUGCAGGAAAGGAAGAAUAUUCUCUUCCUGGCUCUGCAGCAUAUUCGUUUGUACGAUAUACAGAAUUCAAAGAUGCGUAAGUGCAAAGCCAGUUUGUCAGAGAUGAAACGCCUUGUUAAUAACCUUCAAAAGCGUAUGCCUUUAACGUUUCCACCUGGAACAGUUGCGAUAGUGGAUCGCAUAGGGCACAUAUCCACGCAAAAGUGGCACGUCGGGUGCACACUCGAAGCAAUCCGUGGCCAGCGAAGUGGAGAACCUGUAGACGAUCGAGUCAUGGCUGGCUCACCUACGCGGGAUGAUGCCAGUGACCAAGGGCGGCAGUGCUCCAAGACGCUUGGUGCAUCCGAGCCCCAAGUGCAAAGGUCAACUGCUCAGCACCACCUUACGGGGUUACACGGGCUGGAUGACCACUCUGACGAGCACCCCACUACUGAAACGCGGAGCAUGCCAUCGUACGUGAGCAGCAAUCACACAACCGCUUUUCAGAGUGUUUACAGUAUGAUUGACAUGAUUUCUACUCUGGGCACUCAGAUAGACGAACUUAACGACAACCUGAUGUUUGAGAACGAGGUAAACACCUUCCUCAAAAUACUUACUCUCUCAAUCCCUACCACUCCUCGUGGCACGGAUGAGCUGAGCAAUGCAAUUGAUGAGGAAGUCAGAUUGGGAUUAGCUCUUUUCCCUACGGGUGACAUUGGUGGAAAGCAUCCCCAAUCUGUUAUGGGAGCCUCUGUGGUUCCUAACGCAAGUGACCGUGAUGGGGCGCCGGUGCUGGCUGGCACUACCAGUGAUAGUAAAACAGAGGCGCUCCCACAUCAAGAAAGGGUGAAGGACGGCUCUGUCACAUCCUCAGAAACAGAAAAGCAAGUGGUAAAGGAGGUACAAGAAGGUACCAUGGCCGAGUUUGCUUCAAAACUGGGAUUCCUCCGGCACACUUACGAAACUCGCAUAGCCGAUUUGGAGCGACGCGAGGCAGAUUUCCAUCGAUUCCUUGCUGGGGGUGCUUUUAAACUGAAGGAGAAGCACGAUGAGUCCAAAGACGCAGGUCGGAAGGGUAGUCCCCAAAACCGCAAUGUACGGGGCAGGCAGAGAUCUAAGGCUGGUUCCGUUUCAGAGGAACGCAAGCAACAGGAAGACAUGAACCAGUUGGUGCAGGCUCGCUCGGAGUGGCAGCAGUCGAAAGUAGAUCUUCAAAACAACAAAAGGUUACGGGAAACGGUAAUGAAGGAGAUAACCAAAAUGUCCAAUGUGAGCUCAGACACCGGAGAGGUGACAGACUACAUUGAUAGGAGUGAGAGAUCCAACAGCUCAGCUAUGUGA